AUGCCCGAAGGUAUGUUCCUCCGCCGAGAUGGCACCCGCAUCUCGGAGGACGUAGUAACCGGCAGCCACGUCCACUGGGUGACCGUCGACUUCCGAUAUUUCAGCGCAAGAAUAAGACAUGGCGGCGCCAAGGGUCUCAUGCGCAUUAUGGCCGAGCAAUGCCGGUCCGGGGUGGCUACUAUCAGUGAUAGACCCAUCCACCAUGAGAUUCCAUCUUGCCUCUCGCUGCCAGUCGUUGGAGAGAAGAAGCUUGAUAGGGUGGAAAUUUUGUUGCGUGCUGCUGAGAUCGCUGACUGGCACUAUAAUGAGAUUGUGACUGGUCAGGAGAUGCUCGAUGAUGAGGCUGUUAUGGCUUCACUGCAGCCGGUCCGUCGACUUAAUGGGGCUUAG